AUGUUUUCAGUCACAGUCUCGAACAUUUCUUCAAGCACCACUCAGGAGAAGCUUCAUGAAUUUUUCAGUUUCUGCGGCAACAUCAAGUCGAUUGAUCUCAAAUCUGAGGGGGAGACAGCACAAUCCGCAGUUGUCACUUUUGAGAAACCUUCGUCUGCCGGUACAGCGCUCAUGCUCAAUGGGGGUACUCUAGACGGUGAACAACUCAACAUCACCUCCGACGUCGAACACCACAAUCAUCAGGAGCAACCGCAUCACUCAAGCUCACCUUUCGAACAGUCAGAAAAGCCUAGAGCUGGAAUUGCCGCCGAAUAUUUGGCAAAGGGCUACUCACUUUCCGACCACAUCUUGCAGCGAGCCAUCGAAAUUGACCACAAGCAGGGGAUUUCCAAACGGUUCUUAGAUUAUAUGCGCGGCCUCGAUACAACAGUUGGACAGAAAGCUCUCGGUUCCGACCAAACAGUAUCCGGCAGAGUGCACUCAACGCUGCAGAAUGCCCGUACCAGGGCGAAGACCAUCGACGAACAGAAAGGUUAUUCCAAGGUUGCCCACGAGUACUACUCAAAGGCGAUCUCAUCUCCAUUUGGAAAGUCUGUCCUCGAAUUUUACACCAAUACUUCAAAGCAAGUUCGCGACAUUCAUGAAGAGGCUCGUCGUAUGGCCGACCAACAUCCAGUUACGAGUUCAUCCGCAGCCAAUACCACACAUGCCACCAGUACAGGUACGGCGGGACCUGACGCAGAACCUGGUCUCGCCACCCAAGCCUCUCCUACCGUUGUUUGA